AUGUCUAGCAUGGGCAACACUAGUGGACGUGGUAGAACAAAAAUAGCUACAGGGACAACACAGCCAAAUAAAAAACUGCAUACCAAAUUAAAAAGUCAUAAUAGGUCAUUUUCACAUAAUAAGGUGUUGAAUAAAUUAUCUACCUCUUCGACCCCAUUAGUACCAACUAUGGGUACUAGACCAAAUUUGAAUCGUUCUAAAUCUACGGAUGGUUUAAUUAGGCCUACGAAUAGACAUGGUGCUUUGAAAAAGAACAGUCGGUCAUUUACCAAGUUGACUGGGUUACAACCAUUAACGAAGACCAUACUGAAUCAGUCUAUAAAAUCUAGCAAAUCUUCAGGUUCUCUAAAAGGUAUGAAUACUGCACACCAUUUAGGUGGAUUAAAAACAAGUGGCCGUAAAGGCAAGGCUAUUUUAAAGUUGAACGAUGACGAUAAUGAUAACAACGACUACGAAGAUAUGGAGAAUGAGAGCGUUGAUGACGACAAUGAAGAUGCAAGCGCAAAAGAGAAUGGAAAUGGAAACGAAAUUAAUAACGAUGAGAAAUCUUUACUGCCUGCAAACUUCACCAACUAUGAGAACGAUAAAUUGGAAAUUAAGGGUCCUUCACAGUUACCCCUGGAAAGAUCUCUUUCCGGAGCUCCAUCAGCUCGAAGUUCGAGUGAAGAUUUAGUGGCUAAUAGUAAUAUGUAUGGUGGUUCAUUACUUCUUUCUCAAUCAACAGGAUUAACAAGGAAAAUUAACUCUGCUUAUAACAACAAUAACUCAGCUUCACCUAUAUUGACACAUAAGGCUACAGAUACACAUGACUCGUCAAUGGGAUCUACUAAUUCUGAAUCUGUAAGUGGAAUAUCAUUCAAGGCUAACCCAAUGGACAAUGUAAACAAAUUUCAAAAUAAUGUUGCAGAGCCCAUCAUAACUAAUAAGAAUGUGAUUCAGGAUAAUUCAUAUCAACCAAACCAAACAAUUUUCAAUAACUUACAAAGAAAUAAUCAAACACAGUCUAGUUCUAAUAAAUCAAUCAGUCAAAAUAUUUCUAGCUCUAAUAAUGGAAUUUCAAAUGACCAGUCGUUACAGUCAUAUUUGCAACAAUCAAACCAACCGCAGCAUAAUAUCGAAACUAGAACACAACAGAGGUUAUGGUUACAAAGAGAGAAUUCAUUGAUGGAUGUGGUAAAUGUGGAUCCAAAUAGAUCAAAUUUCUCUAGUUUGUCAUUAAACAAUAUGAUGUUUGCCCAUAAUUAUAACCAAAGUCAUCAAAAUAUAAGAGACAUGCCACAAGUAUCGAACCAAGUUACAGGACCUGUUACUCCUCAGAAUGAGAACGGCCCAUAUGAAAUGUCAAAUAAUAGUAGUGUUAAUACAAUCGCUACCAAUAAUGCUCCACAGCCAGGGAAUGAUCAUUCAAAUAGCAUAAGUAAUAUAAAUGGUUUACUAACAAUGGUACAAAAUAGUCAUCAGAACUCUAUUCAAUCAAGAACUGAAUUUGAAAGAUUGAAUAGGGAAUACCUAAAUGUGAGACGACAUCUAAACCCUAUUGGGGAAAGUCUUAAUAGAGUGGAAGAAAUCAUGAAAAAUACAAAAGAAAUUAAAGUAACUAAAAAGAAUAGUCAUAAGAAAGCUCAAUCUGUCUCGUCAGUACAUUCGAAUUCUACCAAUGCCAAUACUUUCAAGGAAUUCUCGCCUUCAUUUCAAGAGAAAGAGCAGGAAAUUACCUCCACCUUGAAUAAAUUAUGGCAGGAGGCAUUGAUAUUGACUCUGUCUCUGACAUCUUCAUCGAACUCAAUAAGGGUGAACCCUCCUCAGCCAUCCCAACAGCCAAUACAGGCGCAAAUGCAAAGGUCCCACAACCCAAGGGUUCCGUCUUACGGACAGAGUCCUUACAGUAACUUGAGAUCUCCACAGACCCCAACUACGCGGGCGGUUAAAUUGGCUGCCCAGGCUCAGGCUGCUCAGGCCGCUAACACGAAAAGAAUUAACGAACAGCAUAACUAG